AUGUUGUUUGGUGGGUUUGUGUUGGGUUUUGGGGUGGUGGUGGGGUGUGUUGGGGGGGUGGGGGUUUUUGUAGUGGGUGUUUGGUGGUGGGGGGGGUGGUUGUGUUGGGGGAUUGUUUUGUUGUUGGGUUGGGUUGUUUGGUUGUGUGGUGUGAGUGGUUUUUUUUGGAUUUAUGGGGGUGGGGGUUUUUUUUGUUGUGUUUGUUUGGGGUUGUGGGUGGUUGUGGGUUUUGGGGGUGAGGUGUGUGGUUAUUGGGUUGGUAGUUUGGAGGGGGGUUGGGGUUGUUGUGGUGUUUUUUUUGGUGUGGGGUAUGUGUAA